AUGAUGAAGACCUGGAUCCUCCUUGUCGGGGCAGGAAUAGCCCUGGGCUACCUGUACACGGCCCCCGACUCCUGCAGGGGACGCUGCGAGGAGCCCUACAGCGAGGAGGACGAGUGCCACUGCAACGCCGCGUGCGAGAGGUACCACAACUGCUGCGAGGAUUACUACAGGCACUGCCGACCCGGUGAGCAUCCCCGGGAGUUCCUGCCUCUCCUUGCAGAGGGUUUCUCCAGCAGCCGGGAUGCCAUCACCGAGGAGGACCUUCUCCGCGUCUCGGAGCAGCUUUACAAAGCAGAUCACAACAAAGCUCAGCCAACCGACAUCACCAUUAACCCCCAGUACCAGGCCUCCCCUGGUGAGACGGGCGACCGGGAGGACCGCUCGCCGCAGCCGCUCUACAAAUACGUCAAUGAGGGGCUCUUCUCCAAACCCACCUAUGCGAGCUUCAUUAAACUGCUGGACAACUACCAGAGGGUGACUGGCAGGGAGGAGGACGUGACGGCAGAGGAGCUGAGGGAGCAGGACAAUUUCCUCAAGGAGGUGAUGAAAACUGAGCUCAUGAAGAAACUUUUCGCCUUCCUCCACAAAAAAAACCGCUACGGCUCCGAGCAGGAGUUUGUCGAGGAUCUGAAGGAGAUGUGGUUCGGCCUCUACUCCAGAGGCGACGGCGAGCAGGACUCCAGCGGGUCUCGUUUGUGUUUAGGGGAGGUGAAGAAAGGGAAAGUGUCUGGAUUUCACAACUGGAUCCGCUUCUACCUCCUUGAAAAGCAGGGCGUCGUCAACUACUUCAGCCACAACUUCGACGGGCCGUGGGACACCUACCCUGACGUGCUGGGGCUGCAGUUCAGCUGGGACGGCUUCUACAAGGAGGUGGGCUCUGCCUUCAUCGGCUGCAGCCCCGAGUUCGAGUUUGGCCUGUACACGUUGUGCUUCAUCGCGCGUCCUGGGAGGGC